AGUUUCCAGGCGCUGGUUUCAGAGUCGGGGCUUGUGAUAGUUUCACCCGCGGGGGCUGCCAGGGCAAACCUGCAUUAACUCGUUGUGCCAUCAGACGCUGCUAAUUGUCCGUGGGCGGGGGGAACACCAGAGCGUGUAGUAGGAAAUACUUUGUUGUUGUCUGACUGGAGAAUUACGAAGGAGGAUGUGAUUUAGGAGCACUAUGAAUGAAGAGCAGUUUGUUAACAUUGACUUGAAUGAUGAUAAUGUUUGCAGCGUGUGUAAACUGGGAACAGAAAAAGAAACACUCUCAUUUUGCCAUGUCUGUUUUGAGUUAAACAUUGAAGAAGUUCGUCCAAUAACAGAUAUUACAUCACCCACCUUGUCGCUCCAAAACAAAAACAGGGUACCAAAGUCCAAUCUUCUACACACAAGAUCAUUAAGGGGGCACAGAGACUGCUUUGAAAAAUUCCAUUUAAUAGCAAAUCAGGACUGCCCACGAUCAAAACUCUCCAAAAGUACCUAUGCAGAAGUAAAAAGUAUCUUGAGCAAAAAAAUUAACAGGAUUAUACAGUAUGCACAAAACAAAGAUUUGGAUUCUGAUUCAGACAGCACAAAAACUUCUCAACACCAGCUUUUUAACUUCAGACAUCAGACAGACAGAAAACUGCUUCCACAAUUUGACUCCCAAGUACCCAGGUACUCUGCAAAAUGGAUAGAUGGAAGUUCUGGGAGUAUCUCAAAGUGUUCACAAAGUAUUUUGGAACAAAAAGAAUCUACUGAUUUCAGACUUGAUAUGUUGCAAGAAACAGGAGCUACGUUCUGUUGCAAGAGUGUUUUAUGGUCUAGUUGCAACCAGGCACCGAAGACAGAAAAAGCUAAAAGUGAUUCAGAUGCCAAUACCCAAAGACAACAUCCCCGUUACAGCAGGGACGAAUUGAAUAUGAUGACUCCUGAAGAGGUAGAGCAACUAAAUGAAAAACUCCUCAAGCAAAUCCAGGAUGUUUUUGAAGAGCUGACUCGGGAAGUGCAAGAAAAGGAUUCUUUGGCCUCAGAACUCAAUGUCCGCCACAUUGCUAUUGAGCAGCUGCUUAAGAACUGUUCCAAAUUGCCGUGUCUACAGGUGGGAAGAGCAGGAAUGAAAUCGAAUGUCCCCAUAUAAAUGGGAUGAGGAUCUUACUAGUAUUAACUUUCCUUAACAGUUCCAUUAAAUAAAGCUGCACAGACCUUCUAGGAGCUUUUGGGGAAAUGAUGGGAAAAAACUUCUUCAAACUUAAAUAAAACCAAUUGUAUGCAACAGCUUUUGGAUUCUAACAAAUGCAAGUGUUUAAAUGUUAAUCUACUGGGGUUUUUUUGGUUCACUCUGGACGUAGUUUUUCACGCACAAUUGGCAAUGUCCCCUGAAGCAGGUGUCAUGUCUUAGUGAUACAGAAAUAUUUGUUCAAUAACCAAGAAUGACCUAAUGCCCAAUCAAACAACAUCCAACCAAGAGAGCUUUACAAGGAGAGCAGUAUUCAUGAAAUUCCUUAUUUAUUAUGAGCAAUAUUUUAUUAUUGAAAUUUUAUACUGAACAAAAGUUACUAUUUUAGGUACUUUUUCAAAUCUCUUUAUAAAAAGUUUGAGUGAUUCUGUGUAACAUUUAUGCCUUGUGUAUGGUUAUCUUUCAUGAUGCAGAUGUUUAAAAAAAACCCUGUUUUCUAAAGACAGAUUUAUUUCCCAUUAAAUAAAUUGUGAUGGUGUAUCACUUUUUAGCAACUUUAUAAUUCAAGAAGGUGAUUUCAUCAGGCAUGGAUUGUAUCUUCUGGUAGAAUAAACUUAAGCACAGCACCUCUUUUUUGAAAUUCCAUAUUAUGGUUUUAGUGUAUGGAGUUGGUUUUGUAUGUGUGAAAUAUUUUUCAAUGCUUAAUAAAAGUAUAUGGCUUCAAAGAAACUAAAUAAACCUGUAAUACCUCUAA